CAGUGACAUCUUCAGUUAACUGGCUACUUGGUAAUCGUCACUAAUACUGAGGAAGCCGCUCCACUCACCUCAGUACUCUGGGUCACAGCCAAAGCCUUUGCUUUUACAGCUGAUCCCAGGAGAGAACAGGAGAAACCCCUUGGAGGCAUCCUUCCUUCUUCCCGUGCUGGGCUGGGAGACAUCCUGGGUACCAACACUCUUGGUACAGAAGCUGUAAGUGUCCAUGGCUUCGCUAAGCCGAGCCCUACGUGUAGCUGCCACCUGUCCUCAAGGGAGAUCUGCUUGGAACCUGAGGCUACAGCCCCUAGGCAGGGAGGCCAGGCCAACCACGGAGAAGAAUGUUCCGUACCAGCGGACCCUGAAGGAGGAGGCACAAGGUGCCUCGGUGGUGCCCCAAGGACCGAGCCAACCCCUGCCUAGCACAGCCAAUGUUGUGGUCAUUGGCGGGGGCAGCUUGGGCUGCCAGACUCUGUACCACUUGGCAAAGCUGGGUGUAGGCCAAGCAGUGCUGCUGGAGAGAGAGCGCGUGACCUCUGGGACCACCUGGCACACGGCAGGCUUACUUUGGCAGCUGCGGCCCAGCGAUGUGGAGGUAGAGCUUCUGGCCCACACGCGUCAGGUGGUGAGCCAUGAUCUGGAAGAGGAGACUGGGCUGCACACCGGCUGGAUCCAGAAUGGCGGUCUCUUCAUCGCCUCUAACAGGCAGCGCCUGGAUGAGUAUAAGAGGCUCAUGUCGUUGGGCAAGGCCUAUGGUAUAGAGUCCCACGUGCUGAGCCCAGCAGAGACCAAGGAUCUGUAUCCGCUGAUGAACGUGGACGACCUCUAUGGGACCCUGUAUGUGCCACAGGACGGUACCAUGGACCCGGCUGGCACCUGCACUACCCUCACCAGGGCAGCAGUGGCUCGAGGAGCUCAGGUCAUUGAAAACUGCCCAGUGACUGGCAUCCACGUGCGGAUGGAUGACUUCGGAGUGCGGCGGGUGGCAGCUGUGGAGACAGAGCACGGCUCCAUCCAGACACCCUGUGUGGUCAACUGUGCAGGAGUGUGGGCGAGCAAUGUGGGCCGGAUGGCUGGAGUGAAGGUCCCUCUGGUGGCCAUGCACCAUGCCUACAUUGUCACUGAGCGCAUUGAAGGGAUCCAGAACAUGCCCAAUGUCCGAGAUCAUGAUGCUUCUGUCUACCUCCGUCUGCAGGGGGAUGCCUUGUCUGUGGGUGGCUAUGAGGCCAACCCCAUCUUUUGGGAGGAGGUGUCAGACAAAUUUGCCUUUGGUCUCUUCGACCUGGACUGGGAUGUGUUCACCCAGCACAUUGAAGGUGCCAUUAAUCGGGUUCCGGUGUUGGAGAAGACGGGGGUCAAGUCCACUGUCUGCGGCCCUGAAUCCUUCACACCUGACCACAAGCCCCUGAUGGGGGAGGCUCCGGAGCUCCGUGGCUUCUUCCUUGGCUGUGGCUUCAACAGUGCAGGCAUGAUGUUGGGUGGUGGCUGCGGGCAGGAGCUGGCCCACUGGAUUGUGCACGGGCGUCCAGAGAAAGACAUGUACAGCUAUGAUAUCAGGCGUUUCCACCACUCGCUCACGGACCACCCCCGCUGGAUCCGAGAGCGCAGCCACGAGUCCUACGCCAAGAACUACUCGGUUGUCUUCCCGCAUGAUGAGCCACUGGCAGGCCGCAACAUGAGGAGAGACCCCCUUCAUGAGGAGCUACUUGGACGAGGCUGUGUGUUUCAAGAGCGACAGGGCUGGGAACGGCCGGGAUGGUUCAACCCCCAAGAAACAGCUCCGGUCCUUGAUUACGACUACUACGGGGCCUAUGGACACGAGGCCCACGAGGACUACGCCUACAGCAGGCUGCUGGGCGAUGAGUACACCUUCGGCUUCCCACCGCACCACCACACGAUCCAGAAGGAAUGUCUGGCCUGCAGAGGAGCUGCUGCCGUGUUCAACAUGUCUUACUUUGGCAAGUUCUACCUGCUGGGGGCGGAUGCCAGGAAGGCUGCCGACUGGCUCUUCUCAGCAGACAUCAACCGACCCCCAGGCUCAACGGUGUACACGUGCAUGCUGAACCAUCGGGGAGGCACCGAGAGCGACCUGACCGUUAGCCGCCUGGCCCCUGGCACCCAGGCCAGUCCCUUGGCCCCUGCCUUUGAAGGGGAUGGCUACUACCUGGCCGUGGGUGGCGCUGUGGCCCAACACAACUGGUCCCACAUAACCACGGUGCUGCAAGACCAGGAAUUCCGGUGUCAGCUUAUAGAUAGCUCGGAAGAUCUGGGCAUGCUCAGUAUCCAGGGCCCAGCCAGCCGUGCCAUUCUCCAGGACGUGCUCGAUGCUGACCUGAGCAAUGAGGCUUUCCCCUUCUCCACCCACCAGCUGGUGAGAGCCGCUGGGCACCUGGUCCGGGCCAUCCGGCUAUCCUUUGUCGGGGAGUUGGGCUGGGAGCUGCACGUGCCCUGUGCAUCCUGUUUGCCAGUGUACCAGGCUGUGAUGGCUGCAGGUGCCAAGCACGGCCUUGUCAAUGCGGGAUACCGUGCCAUUGACUCCCUGAGCAUCGAGAAAGGCUAUCGACACUGGCAUGCAGACCUGAGGCCUGAUGACAGUCCCCUGGAGGCAGGAUUGGCCUUCGCCUGCAAGCUCAAGUCCUCAGUGCCCUUCCUAGGCCGAGAGGCCCUGGAGAAACAGCGUGUCGCAGGCCUCCACCGACGCCUGGUCUGCCUCACUGUGGAAGAGGAGGUGCCUAUGUUCGGCCUGGAAGCCAUCUGGAGAAAUGGCCAGGUGGUGGGCCAUGUCCGGAGGGCUGACUUUGGGUUCACCAUCAACAAGACCAUAGCCUAUGGCUACAUCCGAGACCCCAGUGGUGGGCCGGUGUCUUUGGACUUUGUAAAGAGUGGAGAGUAUGCCUUGGAAAGAAUGGGGGUCACCUAUGCUGCCCAGGUUCACCUGAAGUCUCCUUUUGACCCUGACAACAAGCGGGUGAAGGGAAUCUACUGAAGGGCAGCAGGAUGGAGGCUCAGGCCAUUGGGAACCGCCACACCUCCCACACUGCAU